GUCGGACAUGCAUAUCCAGUGGCAGGCACUGUCAGACGGUUAUCAUAACAUUGUACCUAGCACUGUGGGGACCACUUUCUCUUGCCCAGAGCAUGCCAUACACUACACCUCCGACACAGUCACACGUGAUCGACCCUUCUGUGGAAGCAAAGCUACCACAACGGUUCGGAAAAAUGUUGUUGGACAAUCUCUUCACGUGGGCAUCAUUGAUUGGCCUGCCAACCCCAAUGACCGGCCCGCAGUGAUGGUGGGGUCUAGGAGAAUCGAGAUGACAAAGACGGGACUAUAUACAUCUCCGGAGAAGUUUCAAGGCAUUCGCGGCGAGUGGUAUGAGUGGCAAAUUCAUGAGUGUCGAGCGCAACUCGUGCCAUUAAAGGUUGCUCGCUCACAGACAUACAUUGCCACUUUUGUCACCACGUUCACGCAGGCACUGUUCAGACGCAAGGAGUCUGCUGCGCUUCUUAUACCACCAGAGGCUGUACAUAUCUUGGAUGAUAUUGUUGUCACUUUUAUUUACUUCGAGAAUCGGUGGCGAGAGAGAGAGCAAGCAAGAUCUCGGUCGUGGGACCCAGGUUAUUCUGCUGGUGCAGCUCUCUAAUGGACCUUGUACUGAUUAGAUAUUGUAUAUUUCUUAUUGGCAUCUAGUUGUACGUGACUAUCAACCUGGGUGGGAUACGGCUCUACUUUACAAUGGGCCGCGUAGAUCUUGCAAUGAAAGCGUCGAUCUUAUCUAU